CACAGCAUUGCAUUGGGAAAGAUAACCCGAUCCUAUCUUCUGUAUGUUUGCUUCCAAUUUACUGAUUUUACCCUCGCGCAGCAGUAAAAGUAUGUGUUUUACUAUAAAAAAUUAUCAGGGGAGAGAACCCGUCCUCAACUACAUACUGUAUAUACUGUUUCUCGUCAUCGUCAAGAAUAUUACAGCAUGCCACUCAGCCGCAAUGCCCUCUGAUUGGGUGCCCGAAUUGGAAAGUAAGCAUGUCCAUAUCAGGAAUCCCGAGUUUGUCAAGAAAGCCAUUGAACACAUGAUGAAGGAUGGAGCAAAGAAAUUACAGGUUGUGGCCGACUUUGACCGCACACUGUCCAAAUACAAGCACCAAGGCCAAGUGUCUGCAACAUGUCACAAUGUGUUGGAGGAAAGCCAUGUCAUGCCAGAUUUCUUCAAGGAACAGGCCACAGCACUCCGAGACAAAUACAUCCCUCUAGAAUUCAGUCAUGAUCUCACAGUAGAACAGAAGAUUCCGCUUAUGAUCGAAUGGUAUAAAGCUGGUGUAGCGAUGUACGUUGGCUCUGGCAUCAGGUCUCAGGACGUCAGUGUGUCGGUAGCUAAGGCUAGACUUGUGUUAAGAGAUGGCUGUAUGUGGUUCUUCGAUGAGCUGCACCAGCACCAGAUUCCGUUACUGAUAUUCUCAGCUGGCAUUGGCGACAUCAUUGAGGAGGUCAUCACACAACAGGCCCACAUGCUUGACAACAUGAAGAUUGUCUCUAACUUUAUGGAUUUUGAUAGUGAGGGCAAGCUAAUUGGUUUCAAGGGUGAGAUGAUCCACACUUAUAACAAGAACGAGAACGCUGUCCACGAUUCCGACUACUUCAAGCAACUGAAGCAUCACGAGAACCUCAUCCUGUUGGGCGACUCCCUGGGCGACCUGAGGAUGGCCGAGGGUGCUGAGGUCACCCACAUGCUCAAAAUUGGCUUCCUCAAUCACCAUGUGGAAACAAAUCUCAAAUCCUACAUGGACAGCUUUGACAUCGUUAUCCAGGAGGAUGAAUCAAUGGAUGUAGUCAACGCAAUUCUAAAGAAAAUCCUCGGUCAAUGACCACGUCGAUGCAUAGGCACUUUGGGUUUCAAAA